CGGGCAAUUUGAGCGGACUGCUGUUGUGUCAGUCGUGUUAUGAUACUGCGGUGUCGGUUGUAAAGGAAAUCACGGGAGAAUCGGUUAUUUCACCAGGACAACGUCGGUAUGAAAGAAGGGAAGCCUGAAAAAAUAAUGGCGGAGUCUAAUAAUCUUAACGGUUCGCAGCGAAGACGGUCAACGCGGUUGAGUUCUCCUCCUCAGGCUAACGUAAAAACUGACAACAAAAUGGCGCUGGCCUCUGUUGCUGUUAAACGCUCCAUCACAGUGAGGAAAAUAGCACCCAGAAAAACCGUCGCCCCGUCGGAGCACAACAAGGAGAACACGCCGAGAGUAUCGGGGUCAGAAAGCUGCCAGCAGAAGAAGCCAAAGGUCUCCACGCCAGGUCCAGUCCCGGGCCGUGGAGGCUCCUCCUCGGCCAAGAAGAAGAAGGCCGCUAUGCCUUCACCGAUCCUCCCGUCCUCACCGCCGCCCCCUUCUCAUCUACAACAGCCAGCAGCCGAUCCAGAGGACGAGGUGUGGUCCAAGAAGGUGCGCCGAUCCUACAGCAGACUCAGCGACAGGUCCAUCAACAGCCCAGACUCCCGAGAGACCAUGUUCGGCUUUGAGAAGCUGAAAACUCCCGAGGUGGUCCGGAGAGUCGGGCAAUCCAAAACAGGUCUGGAGGUUUCCGGAUCAUUGUCUGGCCUGAACUCAUUCACGUCUUUGCUUGAUGCAGAUGACUGUGGUUCAGCUUUCCCCGAGCCGGACACAAACAUCCCUGGAGUGGCCGUGGCGAAGGAGAAGAGGCGGAGGAGGAAGGUCCAGCAGAUAGACGCCACAGAGCUGGACGCAAUGGCUGCCAAGAUGAACGCUGAGUUUGAGGAGGCAGAGGUGUUUGAGUUGGUGGUGGAGUAAACACUGCGCCUGAAAGACUGGAGGAACCUCUGAUAAUAUGUCAUUUUUAUCACUGACAUGCUGAAAGACGCUGACUCUGAGAGAACAACACACUUCAUACGCGAUACACUCAAGUUUUUGUAGAUGUCCAGCUCUGUUUUGGUUCUUCAGAGUUUCAUGUGUUUGGUUGUUCAUUGAAAAGUUCUUGAUGAAGUUGUUUUGGUGUGGUGGUAUGGUCACAUGUGUGUAUUGUUUUGAUUUCAAAAUGAUCUAAAGCAUAUUCUUUAUCUUGGUUAUUAUCGAAACAUUUACACAGAUUCUGUUUCAUGUGAUCAUUUAGCUUAUCUUUGUAAAGGUCCAACCACUUAGUUUUUCAACUAUCUUUGACUGUUUUAAUUGACUUCAUAGUCACAAACUGGUCGAUUGUGCUCAUGAAGGAAAAUUGGUGACAGUUUAAGAUGCAUUGUAAGUACAUGUGGAAGCUGUGGUUUGUAAACUCAUUAGUUGCAGGAAUGGUCGGAUAUGAGAGCUGUAAAGGGAUUAUUUUCCAUCUGGAUAGAAUUGACUAGAUUGAAUUGGCAUUUUCUUUUUCUUCAUUGUUCAUAAUAUUUGAAUCACUGAAAAACAACAGAAAUAUGUGCAGCAGUCCAGAUGCCUGUAAGCACUCUUUGAUAAUGUUUUACACCCGCGUUUAAUUGUCGUGAACAUUGAAUAAGACUCUAAAACAGCACUAUCAAUGUUGUUUUUGGACUAUUGCCUUUAUGAUACUUCUGUCCUUUCUUAAACCUAAAGAAAAUGUUCUAUUUUUGCUUGCCUGUAAAUGUUGAUAAAUACUAAACCAGUUAACUCAC